GUCAGUCUUCUGUCAUUAUUUUGUAUUCAUCACCAUUUCAUUACAAUUUCAAGUAUUUCUUCCUUUUAACAAGCUAUUUCUAUCAGUGUACAUGAAAAUUAAACAUAAUCAGCGUCUAAGAACUCUCAAAAAGCAUUAAAAUUGAAGGAAAAUAGUAACUUUUGGUGCAAAAAAUCUAUUUUUGCAAAAGAGAAAGUUCUCAGCGGCAACCCCAUUCGGGUUGUCAUAUAACUCAGGAUUCGUCGUCCGAAGCAACUUAGGCGAGCAUUCAGCAUCGGAGGCGUCGGAUCAGAUUCGCAGUGAAAAAACGGAUUAAUUGUAAAGCGAGACAAGAGAGUAAAUUAGGGUGCAGUGUGGAGUGGAGACACAACAAAAUGAUGUCUACACUAGAGGCAGCUCAGGAAAUUCGAUCCCUGCCAAGUGAUGAUAUUGUGGACGCAUCCUUUUCCAUUGGGAACCACAAGGAUCUCAAGGAGGGUGCCACAGAAUCCACGUCUAAAGUCAACACAGAGGAACCUACGGAACAGGAUAAUCAGGACUCCCCUCCGGAGGACUCUAAAAGUGAAAAUAGUAAAGUGAAUCUCGAGGGGACAGUGUUUGAUGGUCCUCAAGGGAUUAGUGAAAGUGAUAAUGUUGGCACAAUCACCGACCCAUCAUCGGUUGAUGUGCCCGAAAAGUGUUCAAAUGCUCCAGAAGACGACGUUGAGCCUCUGAGCAAUGGUAGUGCAGUUGAAAGUGAAAAUCUUGACGCGAAGAAUGUGGAUGAAUGUGAAAAUGUAAAUUCUAAACCAACGGACGUUUCUCAGAGUAAUGAGAAGCCCCUUGGGGAACACUUCAUCAACACUGAAGAAAAUGUUGAUGCAGCAAACAAAGCAAAUGACAGGGAAAUCAGUGCGGAGAAUGAUGCAGAAAUGGAACAGGAAGAAUCCAACGGAAUUCCCUGUGAACCUCCUAUGACGUGUGAGGAUAUCUCCGCAGAUAAACAGGACACAUCAGAUAGUAUUGCCUACACUGAGGAGAAAACACCCGAAUCCAGCAAUGAAGAAUGCAAAGUAAUGGAAGCCGAUAGUGGGGAUGGUGCUGACGUCAAUGAAGCUAUUUCCAAGGAAAAAUUUUCCGUACCACCUGAUGAUGCAGCUGUAGAUGUUCCGGAUACAUCAAAUGACCACAAUGAGGAAGUUUUAGAUGGUGCUGGUGCUCUGGAAACCCCGGAAGAGAGUCAAAACACCACUGUGGAUAAACCCUAUGAGGUGUCUAAUGUUUCUCCCAUGGAAAUUCCUACGACAACUGAGGACACAUCGCAAAAUGAUAAAUUAUCUGUUGCGGAUGAAAUUGUUGAUGAAAUAUCCGAGGAUGCACCUGAGGCAGCUCCAAUGGAAAUUCCAAUGACACAUGAGGACCUUUCAGAGGAUACUCCCAUGGAAACAUCAAAAAUUUCUCCAACAGAUAUUCCCGGUGGAUCAAUAACCAUGGAGGAAGAGAAUGAUUGCGAAAUUGAUGAUAAAAAUAAAGAAGAAAAUGUAAGAGAAGACAUAGAAAUCAAUGAGAAGGAUACAGCAAAACCCCUUGAAGAACAAGAGGAGGAUUUUACAAAAGACGAAGCAUUGAAGCUCAAUGAAGUAGGUUUGAGGAAUGAUGCAGAUGUUGUAAUAGAUCUCGACGAUAUGCUCAAGGAAAUUGGUGUUGAUGAGAACAUCGAUGAGGCCAAUGAAGAGGAAAAGGAGCUUCCGGAAGUUAGCUCAAGUACAGAAGAGAAGGAAAAGGAGGAGAAGCAUCAGGAAAUUGAUGAGGAUGAUGAUGUAAUAAUGAUGGAUCUCGAUGAAGCCCCAUCGAAGGUUGAAGAGAAGAAACCAACUGAGGAGGAGAAGCCGAAAGAUGCGAAAGAAGAUACCGAAGAGGAUAUUUUCAAGGAAUGCGAUGAACUCCUAAAUUCAAUUGCAGACGAAAAGGAUUUGCAAAAUGAUGCUGAUCAAGCUAUUUCUCUGGAUGAGGAGAGCUCAGAUAUGCCCAAAAGCUCAGAAAAAGCAGCAGCAGAAGAAAAGGUAGAAACAAGUGAAGCUCAAGCAGUUGAAUCCUUAGAAAAGGAACAAGAAAGCACCGAAAAUCCUCCAAAGGAAGAAACAAAAACUUUGGACAAUGCAGAUGCUUCCAGGACUUGCGAAGAUGAGACAGCCGAUAAAUCACACGAUGUGGCCAAUAGUAGUGAUGACGUUUUAAUAAUUGACGAUGAAGCUGAAGCACCGGAUGCGCAGGAAAAAGCCCCCGAAGCAGAAAGUUCAACUAAAGACGCUGAAAAGGAGAGUCCGGAAACUUCCGAGCAAUGUGUAACCAGUGAGGAAAAGCCGGAAGAAAUGAAACCCACAGAAAUGGACAUUGAUGAGGAGAUAGACAGUGCUGCUCCACAGAAGAAUGAACCACCAAAGAGCUCCACAACAGUUGAGGAGCCCAUCCCAAUUGAUGAUGAUGACUUAUCAAUUGAUAAGGAUGAAAUGGAUGAGUUGAGAGGGGACACAGCUAAGAAACGUGCAUCAACCUCCACUGACUACGAGGAGAAAUGCAAAAGGAUGAAAUUGUCGGAUGAAUCGGAAAAGGAUACCGACAGUCAGAGUUCAAUUCGUAGCAGCAAAAGGGGUGGAGUCGACUUGCAGGAUAGCACGAGUCGGCAGAGUGAAAGGGAUGACAGUGAUACCGAUACGAUGAGCUUAAAGUCGAGGAAACAAAAGCUCGAGGGGAAGGAGAAGGUAACGGAAGCCGAGAAGGAUGUCGGGAGCUUGCUGACUCCGCUGCCGAAGAAGAUUUCCAUGGAAUUCAUGACGAGAUUCAAGAAACCCUUCCAAGAUAUGUCGCAUGCAGAUCUCGAGGAUUUUGUGCUGCAGAAGAUUGCAGAACUGAUAACGCACAAGUCUGAAUAUAGUGAAAUGCGAAAGAAGCUGGAGAAGCAGGAGGAGAUGAUUGGGUUCUAUCGUACAAAGCUGGCGGAGCUCAGUAAGAACUUCCACGAUCUCGAGGUUGUCUACAAGAGGGUUCAGCAGGAUUUGGAUAAUCGGAAUUCCGGAUAUGUUCAGAUACCGAAGAUAACACGAGCCGUUGGGCUACAGGUAUCAGUUUCGAAUUCCCGGAAGCAACAUUCGAGUAGUGCUGUUGCAAAUGACAUACAAGCCAAUGCUGCGAGAUCACAAGCAGCGGCCCAGGAAGCAGCUAAGAGGGCAAAACCUAAUCAGAGAUUCACCCCAAUGCGACCACCAAUGUCGGAAGCAGAGCAGAGGAAUCUGGAUGUGCAGGAGCAGAAGAAGAGGCAGGAAAUGAUGCAGCAAACACAGCAGAAAUUAGCUCUGAAUGCAGCUUCAUCGCCCAAUACAUCACCAUCCAUUGCACAAAGAACUUCAAGCAUCGUCGUACUGAAACACACCCCUAAACCGACUAAUAAGGUGGUUACCCCACCGCAGCAGCCGUAUGUGGUUAAACGAACUGCCGUAAGGACGUCCACUGUGACGUCUACGGUUGUGACGAAAACAGUUACACCGGCGAGUCAGACGCACCAACAACGUGUGAUUAUAUCGCCAUCAACUGUGGCGCCGUCACAACAGCAAUCUCCGCAGCAACCACUGCACAAGGUGACGCUGCAACCGCAACGAGCUAUGAGUGUUCUGAGUCCACCGAAGAAGCAACAAGUUGUGGUUGAUCUCACGGAUGAGGAUGACAAUGCCAAGGCGACAAAGUUGGGGCCACAGCAGCCGAAGACUUCGGUGCCACAGACACUCCUCAAUGGCAACAUCCCAGCUCUUGUGGCCAUCCCGAGUAGUUCCAGCAGUAAGUCCACAGCGAAGUAUGUGAUGGUGCAACCGGUGGCAGCGACGAAUGGACAACUGCCCCCCAAAACCAUGCCGAAUAAGUAUGGUACGAGUAGUAGGAUGAAAAUUCCAAUUGCUCCAAAACCGGCUGAUGUGACAAUUAGACCAGCUGUUCCACCACAGAAUAUCCUGAGACGUCCUCCAAUGACAUCCACAAUGGGAUCCACGCCGCAAAUUCAAGCACGUCCUGCAGCGAGGCUGAUGGCGCCGCAACGUACGCAUCCGGCCCCAUUGCCGCCGUUCCAGAAUCAACCGUCACAGUAUGGCAUGAAGCGCAUCCCAACGCGUCCGGUGAUACGCAUAAAGAACGAUGAGAAGCAGGGAAUUGUGAUCUCGUGGACGAUGGAUGAUCUCACGGAUGAUCACGAGGAGAUCCGCGACUAUCAGAUUUAUGCGUAUCAGGAGACAUCGGCUGCACCGAGUACGGACAAUUGGCGCCUCGUGGGUGAUGUGAAGUCAAUGAUGCUCCCCAUGGCGGUGACACUGUCGCAGUUCCAGGAGGGCCAGCGAUAUUGGUUUGCCGUACGUGCGCGCGAUAUACACGAUCGGUGUGGGAUGUUUAGUGUUCCGCGGACGUGGUAAAGAAAAGAUGAUUUUUUUUGGAAUUUAUAAAUAGAAAAAAAUCUUUCAUAUAGUGACGGGCGUGCGUGAACCACACACUCAAAAUUUCAAGAAAAGAAAAGAAAAGAAAAUCUCUCUAUGUAUUAAUUUUUCUGUCUCUAAAAAUAAAUUCGCAUUUUAUGUUUUAUCAAGUUUUCAAAUGAUUGUUAGCAAAAUUAAUGAUUUUGUAGAUUAGGUUAAAACAAAAAAAAUUGAUAGAUGUAGGUAUUAAAAUAAAAUAAAAAUAUAAUAUACUUCAUGAAAAAA